UUUGUAGAUAUACAUCAUGAAUACGCUAUGAAUCCACAGUUUACAUUCAAUGCCGGACUAUGGCUGCGCGUUUCAGCAUUCCUGAGUUUCAACAUUUGUGGAUUUAGGCCUUUCGGUAAAGUAAGAAAUGAAAAAUGCUCACAUACUUUUUCAAGGAGGAGAAUGGAUUGCUAAACCCAGACCGUGAACGACCGGAAUUCCCGGAAAACAAGCUAUCAGUAUUAUUGUGUGCACACCCCGCACGUAUAAGCAUGUGUUGCAAAAUAAUCUAAAAAUAAGUCAGAAUUUUAUAACUAACUUGUGUUUCAGAAUUCAUGUCGGGAAAGUUGGGAGCAUGAGAUUCAGAGCAUGCUCUGCGGCGUCCACCGUCCACACCAGUCGAGUGACCAGCGUGAGUAUCGGACUCUGCUGCUGAUCGUGAAGGUGUGAACGCGGAAAAUGUGUGACCCUUCGUGUCAACAUAAAGCUUGCGCUCUGCUAAAUACCUAAGGUGAUUUCUAUCCGACUCGGAAAAUGGCUUCAAAUUAUCCUGAGAUGCAUUUAAUGACUACAAGAAAAGUUACUUCUGGUGAAGCGUUUUCCAAAGUUUUAAUACCAGGGUCAUCAACGAAAUACGUUAUAACAACAGAUGCAAAGAAAAGCACAACUGAUAUUAUUGGAACGACAAUAUUGACGGCGGUCGGAGUCUCAUCGAUAUACUUGUCCAACAGUGCCAAAUCGGAAGUUGUUAAAUUUGAAGUCAUUCAAAACUGUAGGCAACUGUCAGUUAUCUUACCCUUUUCAACAAAUUCGCAAGUGCUCGACUUUUUCAGAAAGCGCCUUGGUAUAACAAAUAUCAAGAUCCAGAGUAAUAUUCUUGUAUUGAGAACAGGAAGCCAAUGA